UACUAAUAAUAUUGUUUUCCUUAUAAGUAAAAACAAAAUAACCUAAAAUUUUAAAGAGUUUUAACCCCUGAAUAUCAACUAAAAAUACGAAAGCAACCACAAAAAAUGCGCUCGGGGGCGCGAAGAUUAUCAAGGGGUGGCCGUAGCGGUGGCUCCGUCGCACAGAACGAACCCGCCGUCCCCUUAAAGGGCAUUUCAGGAUUCCCUAUGUUCGAAGCCCCAAGUUUACCGAAACAUUUUCCGUUUCCCACCAUUGUAAUGGAUACGGACGCUUUUUACGAGUACGUAAUGGCUUGUUUUACGAUUUUUGGGCUUGUGGUGCAGCUGAUGCAUUUGUAUAGGUCAGUGUGGUGGCUUCCCAACAGCUAUAUGCCCCUGGCAAUGAACUUUUACCUAAUAGACCAACACUUGAUUUUGCUCAUUGCCUUAAUAUUACUUAGGAGGGUUUAUUACAUGACCGGUAGCAAAAUAAUUUCCAAAAUGUAUUCACAUAAAAAUCCUGAAGAUUUAAGUUUCUUGUCAAGGUCCAUGUUGUCAAUGUUCUAUGCGGCAAUUAUUGGAAUUUUGGCCACUAUAGUGUUAGGAGACAGAAGUAAAAUGGACAUAGUCUACUUGUUUUAUCCCAUAUCGAUUUAUAUACCAAUGUUUGGCAUGCAAAUUCGCCCAUUUUUCGAAAUAAGAGCGUGGUGCUCUAAUGGAAUACCACCAUUACAUGCCUGUAACACCUCACCGGCAGAUGUAAGGCUCGAAUGUGAACACUUAAAAACCAACUUCCUAGACAAGCUGAGGCAGAUAUUCUUUACCGCAACCAUGAAUGCUUAUUAUGCCAGUUUUAUCCCUUGUUGUUUUGCUCAGCCUGAACUAGUAUACGACAGAUGGUGGAACAUCGAACUAGGUUUUUUUAUAUUCGCCAGCGGCUUAGUCCAAACCUAUUGUCAACUAAUGCCUUUAAGGUACUGCGACGUGUUACACAGAGCGGUCCUGCACUCUGGCAUGUGGGAGAAACUGGACGGUGAAAAAAACUUAAGUUCAGGCAAAUACGAAUUCGCCGUAACGUACGAAUGGCGGGAGGACGUCGUUUGGCCCCGCGGGGCCGUAGUAAAGUACAACAAGUUCAUGUGGCGCGCAGUGGGCGACUGCAAUGCCAUUGUUCCCGGAGAUAGGGCACUCUCUUGGGGUUAUCUAUUAUUUAAGUCUCCACCUUUCUCAGUCGGGAUAGUUACAACUUUUCACGCUAUAGUGGUGGUGUACCAGCUGUACAGUGUCAUUUAUGCCACCCAUUGGUAUAGAAUAGUGGGGAUUGGACUUAUAUUGUUUUUUAACUAUUACUCUCUCUAUCAUGUGUUAAGGGAUUUGCUACUUUGUGACCAUAUUUAUAAGCAGAGUGAAGAUAGUGACGACGAAAAAAACAACCAGUUAGACCCGCCCGGUCAAUCCUGUUCGAAAUCGUCAAAAAGUUCGAAAUCGAAGUCGGAAAACUCCUCGUUUAUGUUUCCCGCCGAUAAACUAUUGACCGUGGAGGACAAUGUGGAGUACAGGUGACGACGCGUCUUUUAUCCGACCAAAUGUUACGACUUCAUAAUAUCGCCGACUAUCAUUUUCAUAUGGCUUUCGCUAAGCGGCUUCGCCAUGUGGAUGCUGUGUAAUCUCUCCUACGAUUUCAUUUUUUGUGAACUUUAAGCGACAAGAAUCAUUGUUAAUUCAUUAUUAGUGUAUAAAUAUCUGUUUUUUAAUAUA